AUGCGUUCAGAUGCAUUAUUUUGUUUAUUAUAUUUGUUUGUUGUAACCUCCGUUGUCCUUGGUCAAAAAAGAAGAGAAAACAGAAGAGACAGACAUCCACUCGUCAGUUCUGGCCGAACGAGAGGUCAAAUCACUAGAACAUUGCAAAGAAGACAUAAUGGAAGGAAUCUGAAAACUAAUAGAGAUCGAAGACAGAGAAGAGGGAGAAAACAUAAUAGAAGACACAGAAAAAAUAAUCAUAAUCCCAAAGAAAAUCAGGAAUCGACAUUGUCCCCCCAGGAUGUAAUGGAAACCAUCAUUCUACCCGCAGUGUGUAAAGAAUGUAAAAGGAAAGAUCCAACUUUUCAAACCUGCAAAGCUUUAUGUCCGAAUUUAGCUACAACUGACUCAGGUAGAGGGGCAGUCUUCCUCGGAGAUCAAUACUGCUACUUCUGUGAAUAUUAUCGCUCAAGGAGGAGCUAUUAUCAGCUAUGCAGAAAUCGAUUUUGCGCCUCUGGAAGAUAAAGAUUCAAACACCGACACUCAAAAACAAGGGACUGAUAAAUCAGUGGGUAGAUAAAGAGAAAAGAAAUUUGUAAAUAAAAAUUAUAAAACUUUUAUCUUGCCUUUAUUUAAACUUUAAAUAGCCAAAAUAUUCUAAGAGAAGUUUUGAAUAAAAUAGUAUUUUAUUUAAUCUUACUUUACAGAUAGAAUAGAUAUGUAAAAGAAGAUUAAGAAAUCUGAA